AGUAAGAACACUGGUUGCUGCAUUCUACAUUGGUGGAUGUAACUAACCCUGGCAAGGAAAAAAUAGAUUACUUUCACAUUUCUGAUCAUGAUGUAUGGACUUGGAGCUUUGGUCCCAUUCGAUGGGUGCCAGCCAUCCAAAAUAUGGCACUGCUGGAGGCUUUUCUUUGUGCUCAACUUCUUAUUUCUCAAUGAGCGAAUUUCAUCACUGCCGGACUGCCCACCCACCUGUGCUUGUUCGCCCAACGAAAUCUACUGCACCAAAGCAGACAACCGUGGGCUUUCCCCACUCCUGUUCUUCCGGGAUGCUGGGAGCUCUGGAAAUACUACUAGGAGCACUCCAGACCUUUUCCAGAACAUCACUUCCAUACACAUUGAGAACUGGACUGGUCUGCAGACGUUGGGAGAAGGUCACAUGGAACUCUACACGGGCUUGCAGAGACUGACCAUUAUGAGGAGCAGUCUUCGUACAAUCCAGCCACGUGUUUUCUCCAAAAAUCCCCAACUGAGCUACAUAAACUUGUCCAAGAACCCAAUGCUGACAAAACUGUCCUGGCAGAUCUUUGAAAAUCUUCAAGUCAUGGAACUGCAUUUAGAAGAUGUCAUCUUUGAUUGUGGGUGUCAGAUCCGCUGGCUGCAGCUAUGGCAACAAAGGGGAGACAUGGGGCUAAGUAGCCAACAAUUAUACUGUGAUAAUAGCUCAAAGAAGAUACUGCUGCAAGAAAUGAACAUAAGCAAAUGCGAUCUUCCAGAGAUCACCAUCAGCCAAACCAACAUCACAGUUACCGAGGGCGACAGUAUAACUACAACAUGUAAUGGCUCUGGAUCCCCAUUACCUAAAGUGGACUGGUCUGCUUCUGGUUUGCACUCCUUUUAUUCACAAAAGGCGAGAGUCGAUGACAACAACACUGUUCAUUCAAUUAGCAUCACUUUGGUAAAUGUCAGCAGAGAUUACAACUACUUCCUUCUGAACUGCAGAGCCACCAAUUUGGUAGGCAGGACCAACGCUUCCAUUCAGCUUAAUGUUCACUUUUGUCCUGCUAUUAUAAAGCUGAAGAAGCCAGUGCGUCACCAUGACACCUGCAUAGAAUUCCAAGUUAGAGGUUCACCCCACCCAAAAUUAAGAUGGUUCCACAACAACAAGGAAAUUUCCUAUACCGAUUAUGUACGUCUUGAUAUGGCUAGUUAUCAGGACUACAUUGAGGGAUGCCUUAAAUUCAAAAACCCAACACAUCACAACAACGGCAACUACACUCUGGAGGCUAAAAAUGACCUGGGGGUGGUCAACGGGACUGUCUAUGGGCACUUCCUUGACAAGCCCUUCAAUGUUACAGAAAACGAUUAUGAUUACGUAACCCCAACAGCAGAGCGCCACAAUCCACGCAAAGAUAUUUUGGGGGUUUAUAUUGCAGUGGGCCUUGCAGGGUUUGCUUGUGUGAUCUUGGUGAUUAUCUUCCUCCUGAUUAAUAAGUGUGGGCAACAUUCAAAGUUCCGCAUGAAAGGUCCAGCAGCUGUGAUAAGUGGUGAAGAAGACUCUACUAGCCCACUUCAUCAUGUAAAUAAUGGGAUCACCAGCCCAUGUAUAUGGAAUGGUGGACUGGAGGCUGUGACUAUUGGACUGAACAGGGUUCCUAUUAUUGAGAAUCCACAGUACUUCAGAAAUGGACACAACUAUCAGAAAUCCUCCACCAAUGUUGAACAUCUAAAACGGAGGGACAUUAUUUUGAAGAGGGAGCUUGGAGAAGGAGCUUUUGGGAAAGUCUUCUUGGCAGAAUGCUACACUCUGUGCCCAAAAAAGGACAAAAUGCUUGUAGCUGUAAAGACUCUGAAGGACCCCACUUUAUCAGCAAGAAAAGAUUUCCAACGGGAAGCUGAACUGCUGACCAAUCUCCAACAUGAACAUAUUGUGAAAUUUUAUGGAGUUUGUGUUGAUGGAGAUCCGCUCAUCAUGGUCUUUGAGUACAUGAAGCAUGGAGAUUUGAAUAAAUUUCUCAGAGCUCAUGGACCAGAUGCUGUGAUCCUGGUGGACGGACAGCCACUGCAGACUAAUGGGGAGUUGGGUCUGUCCCAGAUGCUUCACAUAGCCAGUCAAAUUUCAGCAGGGAUGGUCUACCUUGCAUCACAGCACUUUGUACACCGUGAUUUGGCUACCAGAAACUGUCUGGUAGGGAAUGCUCUCCAGGUGAAAAUAGGAGACUUUGGCAUGUCAAGAGAUAUUUACAGCACUGAUUAUUAUAGGGUGGGAGGUCACACUAUGCUGCCGAUUCGCUGGAUGCCCCCAGAAAGCAUCAUGUACAGGAAAUUUACAACAGAGACUGAUGUGUGGAGCUUUGGCGUUGUUCUCUGGGAAAUCUUCACCAAUGGCAAACAGCCCUGGUUCCAGCUGGCCAAUAACGAGGUGAUUGAGUGUAUAACUCAGGGCAGGGUACUGGAGUGCCCAAGGCUCUGUCCCAAAGGAGUCUAUGACAUAAUGCUUGGCUGCUGGCAGAGAGAACCACAUCAGCGCCUCAACAUGAAGGACAUUCAAAAGACUCUGUUAUCUCUGAUGAAAGCGGCACCAGUCUAUCUGGACAUUUUGGGUUAGAAAAAGACCAUAUGAAGGGGAACGGAAUGUAAAUUUAGGUCAAGUAGCAAAUCAGUGUCACGGAAUAAAAUACAUGACUCGCGUCAACAUAGCCCAACAUCAAAGUUCCAGGGUUUGACUGCUUUAUUAUGGGACAGUUAAGUCAUGGUGGCACAAAAUAUAAGUAAGCCCUUGGAGAUGUUUGUAUGUACUGUAUCUUGCUAUCAGUGUUGGAAUGCAGCUAGCUAUCUGGACACCAACUAGGAAACUAGCUGAUUGUUAUUCAUGAAAAUAAUAUCGUAUAAACAUGUUCCCUAAGCAGCCUCCUGUUGGUAUGUUGUCAUUGGAAAUUAACAUUUAAAUUUAUAAUAAGCUCAGUAUGCCUUGAUGAUUGUGCUGUUGUGACUGAUGCUCUUUAAUGUUUCAGUUGCUAUGCUGUGGCUCUUUAUUCUGGAAAAUGGGCUUGAUCUCUCA